AUGAGCAGGUCAGCCGAUGACCGGCAGCCACCACCACCACCGGGGCCACAGCUACAGGGAACCACACACCCACGGCGCUCCCCGCCCCCACAGAGCCAGCACACAGCGCGCCCCGCCACACCCACGCCCACAACACCCCCGGAGCGGCGCCAGCCAGCAGAGGGGCGUGCACACCGCGCCGCCCCCGCCCUCACCGCCCACUCUUAUGCCCUCGCCACGCCCCCGCCCGCCCAGCACCUCGCCCCUGGGUCUGCCGUCGCCUCGGGGCCCAACAAGCAGCGGGACUCACGGUACUCAGCAGCGGGCGGGGAAGUGUUGCAUCCUCCUCACGGUGCUCGGGGGGCGGAUCAAUCUCCCUCACCCACCGUCCGCCGCGCCUGUAUCCACCACACCACUCCAACAUGUAAAUAA